AAAUUUUGGCGGGAAACCCGAAGCGUCGCGCAAAGAGAAAGAAAAGACCCAAACAAGCGAAACAAACACCCAAACCCUAAAAAAGGCGCUAAACGCAGCUUACACAGCACACUUCCCUACUCCCGUCUAUUUCAUUUCAAUCUCCACCUUCUCCGCCUACUUCUUCUCUAACCGACGGCGACGGCGACGGCAUCAGAAAGCCAUGGUCUCUCUCCGGUCUCGCGAAAUUCCCUUUCCUGCUCCCGGUUCUUGUACCAAAGAUAAACCCCGACAAGAACGACCCACACCCGAGCCCAUCACUCCCGCAAAGAUCCACGAACCUUUGGUUCGUCAAUCUUCGCUGUCUCAGCACUCGGGUCCCUCCCCUUCCACCGCAACACGGAGGAGCGUCCGUCUGGCUUCUAAAUCGGUUGAUCAAAGCCUUGAAAAUGUGUCACGGAAAAGGAAGAUGAAUGCGGCUGAAGGAGAUGAACAGCGAGGUAAUGUGGAAGAAAAUAAUAAUUGUGCUUCUAAGAGAAAAGUUGUGUAUGUUAAUAAUAUUAGUAGUGGUUCUAGUAGUGUUGUUGAUAUUAUUAGAGAAGAGAUUAGUAAUGGUAAUUUGAAUGUUGAAGAAAAUGGAAGUGCUAAGAAGUCGAAAACCGAAGGGAAGAGGAAAUUAACUGAGGAAUUUGAGGAAAUUCAGAGUAAGGGUUUCGUUGUUAAUGAGAAUUGUGAUCCUAAGGAAUUUGAGGAUAAUAAAAUUAGUAAUUUAGUGCAAAGAAAGAGUAGGUAUAGUACAGAAGAGAAAGGUAAAGCGAAAUUCGAUGAUGAUGCAUCGAAUUCGGCUGAUAAAGAUGCAUUAGAAUUGGAAUUGGAAUCCAAAGUUAAAGAUUUGGUGGCUAGUUUAGGGGAUAGUGUGAAUGUCGCAUUGGAGAAUGAAAGACAGACUAGGAAUAUAAAUAGGAAUAUUGACACAAAUACUAGGAAAAAUGAACGGAGAAUGGAUCAAUUUCGUGAUAUAGCAAGAAGAAACGCGUCUCGGUUUGCUCAGUUUAAUCAUCAAGAGGAGGAGAUAUUGCCUCCUGAAGUUGAUGCACAAGUGCCAUCUGCGGAGGAGAAUGAGGAAAUUGAAGACUGGCCUGGUCCUUUCUCUACUGCUAUGAAGAUUAUUAGGGAUAGAACUAAAAAGCUUAAUUCACCGGGGAUUUCCACUUUAGAUAAAGCACAGUCGGUGCCGAUAACAUGGGUUCCGCGAAGUGGGCAGGGUUUGAAUUGGUCAAGAGCAUCUGCUCCUUCUCUUCAAGAUUUAUGCAUGAAAAUUAUUGUCAGGAAUGCUGAUGCUGUCUCUUCACUUGAUCAUGUCCCUGAUGCUUUGAGGCAUAGACUUUGCCAACUGCUCUGUGACUGUAGAAAAAUGAAUAGCUGUUUUUUAGAUCUUCUUGUCCGUGGUUCACCUACAGAGAUCCGUAUUAAGGAUUGUUCAUGGAUGACAGAGGAAGAGUUUGUGAAAUCUUUUGAAAGCUGUGCCACCAACAAUUUAAAGGUUUUACAACUUGACCAAUGUGGUCGCUGCAUGCCUGAUUAUAUUUUACCUGCUACAUUAGCUAGGUCAUCAAGAAGCUUGCCUGAUCUAAUUACUUUAUCCCUUUCUGGGGCAUGCCGUCUUUCAGAUAUUGGGCUGAGUUCACUUGUUGCUUCUGCUGUUUCUCUAAGAUCUAUAAAUCUCAGUCGGUGCUCCCUUCUUACGUUCUCUAGUGUUGGUAUUAUAGCAGACUCAUUGGGAUCUGUUCUUCGGGAAUUAUAUAUUGAUGACUGCGAAAGCAUCGACGUAAUGCUCAUUUUGCCAGCAUUAAAGAAGCUUGAACAUUUGGAAGUAUUAUCUGUAGCAGGAAUUCAAACUGUUUGUGAUGAUUUUCUGCGGCAAUUUUUAGUUUCUUGUGGUCAUAAUAUUAAGGAGCUUGGUUUAGCUGAUUGCAUGCAACUAACUGAUUCUUCUUUGAAAGUCAUAGCUGAAACAUGUCCUAGACUAUGUGCCCUAGACCUUGUUAACUUAAGGAAGCUGACGGAUUCUUCUUUAGGGUAUCUUGCGAAUGGCUGCAGAGAAAUUAAAGCAUUAAAGCUUUGCCUCAAUUCAUUCAGUGAUGAAGGUGUUGCUGCAUUCCUGGAAUCUUCAGGGGAGCUUCUAAAAGAACUUACUCUGAAUAAUGUAAAAAAGGUUGGUCAUAAUACAGCCAUAUCGCUAGCGAAACGUUCAAGAAAUUUGAUAAAUUUGGAUUUAUCUUGGUGCCGAAACUUGACAGACGAGGCUUUGGGUCUCAUUGUGGAUACCUGUCCAUCACUGCGGGUGCUUAAACUUUUUGGAUGUGAUCAGAUUACAAAUGUAUUUCUGAAUGGUCACAGAAAUUCAGAAGUGAAAAUUGUUGGUAUCAAACUGUCUGCACUUUUGGACCAUAUAUAUGCACCCGAUUCACAGGAAUUUCCUUUGCGAUAUUCUUCCGCGCCGUGACUUCUAUAAUUUGAUGAAGUUGGAUUCAGUAUCACAUUUUUGUAGGGAUUACGGUUACUUUGUUUUUAGUGAAUCAUUUAACCAUUGGAUGAACAUGAUUAUCAUUCAUGCAACGGUGAUAAGUGAACAAAGUAACCAUAGAAAGCACCUGUUUUGUAUACAUGUUAGUUUGAUUGGUGAUGAUACAAUGGACACUUCUAUCAGGAAUGCCAUCUGAUUUGCAUGCCCUAGGACAUUUCUGAGCUAUAGUUCGUCUUUUGAGGUCUAAUUACCUAAUUGUUCUGUUAUUUCAAUGUUAUUCUAUGUUUUCAGCUUUUAUGAGUUAUCCUAUAUGUUAAUAUUGAUUUUAAUGUCAUUGUAUAUUUUUAGCCGUU